GAUGCGCUUAGGGUUCUUUUCGCCAUCUCGUACUUCCAUUGGCGACUCUCUAGACCAGCAACAUGUUUGCAGUUGUUUCGCUCUUCGUGCUGGUGUGCCUGACUGCCAAAAGCCAUGCAGACCACCAUCAUCAUCCUUGUCAUUCGCCCAACAUGACAGGAUUUAUGACUGUGAUGUCCCUAAAGGGUGAAGUGAAAGCAUACGGGUCCUUCACUUAUGAUUCCAUGGGCAAGAAACUACGGUUCAGGUCAAACGAGAGCCAUCCUGUGAACACAUCUCUAGGUUUGGAUCUACUGAUGUUUUUCGAAGAGGGAAUCUUCUACGAGAUUGACAGCAAGAACCAGAGCUGUGAGAAGAAGAAACUACACUGCACCAUGCACCCUCUGGAUAUCCCCGAUGAUGCCAAGUUCUACACUACAGUACACACCGGGAGUCCCUCCAUUGAAGGAGAGGGCCUGAAAGUCAGCAUAUGGACAGGAACAUUCACAGACUCCAAAGGUUGGAAAGGCCAUUACUCCAUGUCUGUAACCAUGGGCUGUCUGCCUAUCAGCACAUUCUACUUCACUGAGACCACGACAUUUUUAAUGAGCAUCAUGGAAGUAGAAACAGAGAUCAAGGAUCCUGACCUCCUGGUGGUGCCCUCCAUCUGUCACGGUCAGCCCCUGGAGGAGACGCCUGAAGGGACAGUCAACAGUUUCCUCCAUGAGUUCAUGUAGAGGAAACCUUGCCUGCAGAAAUUCAAACCACUUUCCAAAUGUGGCCUGCCAGAACUUUUAGGCUUUCUCUCCUUCUUCACGUGUGACUUGAGUUUUCGUGUGACACUGCACUACGUCACAUCUGUUUCCAACACUUCCCUAUGAAGAUGUGGCUCUGAAUGGAUCAUAUUGUAGCCUCUACGUACAUUUUGAUAUAAAGGAAAGAGACAUGGAUUGUAGAAGUAGUCAAAAAUUACUAACAGAUUGUGGCUUUUCAAGUUGGUACUGCUUACAAAACAUGUAAGAUAUUAUUAAUGGAACAAUAAAAUGUCAAAGCUG